CAUAAUAAAAUUAUAAACAUGAAACCCUCUAUUCGAAACCUUGAGAACACGAUAACCGGCGAUAUUACGUGAGAAAUUUUCUCGACUCGUUCAGUUAAUAUCUGGUAUAUAUAGGUCAGUGAUAGAUAUAGAGAAAUUAAUAGAAUACUUUACUUUAUUAUACAACAUGAAGUGUUUUAUUCCUGAAUAUGCCAUUAGCAUUUUGAAAUGUGAUUUCACCGCGAUUGCGUGAUUAUCGUGUUUGAUCCACCAAUCAGGAAGAAAGUAUAAAUAAUAUCUUUUAAUUAAACCUCCCGGAGCGGUUGUUCAGUGAGGUCAGUGAUAGAUAUAGAGCAAUUAAUAAAUAAUAUGAAACGUAUUCGCUGAACUCUCAAAACAAUUAGAAUACGUCUUAAGAAAAAGAUUUGAACUUGUUUUAGUUUAUUCGAUAGUAUUUUGAAAGAUAUAGUAUUUUAUAUUUUAAACCAUGCAGUGAUAAGAUUUUUGAGUUGAGAAUCAAUGAACACCAAUUAUUUUUGCCGUCAACUAUCAGUCAAUCGAUAAAAAACAGUAGAAGUCACUAUAUCUUGCAUAUAAACAGCGCAAUACAACCCACAAUUGCUCAACAACGGAUAUUAAUAAACCAGUAACUAUAUAAUAGCAGCGAUAGUAAUGUCUUUUACACCUUUACUAGAUCAUAUACAGAUCAGUGGCUUAUCUCGCCAAUCAGAGCGCAGAAUCUGAAUUACCAAGAUGGCGGCAUUUGAGUCCUCGACCUCCUUCAGAAUUUGAGUCCUCGACAUCCGUUAUGCGCGAUCCAGAUUUUCAUAUCGAUGCGUUGGACUCGCCAGCAGAUAUUAGACUGAUCGAUUACUAAACAAGGCCAAGCAAGGCAAGAAACGGAACAGGCUUUUUACGAUGUUUCUUUAUGUAGCACAACUUCCUAAGCAACGACAACGGUUACCUCAUACGUUUUAAUAUGUGCAAGUUAUAUGAGUGCGGUAACCUCGAGGCUCGAGUAUAUAUUGGGAAGUCGAAACUCUAAAUAGGCGAUUAAACGUCGCCUUCAACGAGAUAUUUCAAAGGACUUGGUUGUCAUGAACAAAUCAGUUCUGUGUGUUCUAGGUCUGGCUGCCAUUGUCGCUUCAUGCAGUGCCAAUGCUGAGGGUCAAGCUAAUGGGGAAAAGAUAUUUGUAGCCACAACAGAAAGGCCUGCCAAACCUGCAUUAUAUAUACCAUAUGGGGAUUACCCGCUUACCAGUAAAAGCAUGCCGGACGUGAAGAAGGUCUGUUUGCAAGAAUGUAAAAAGAUGCAGGGAUCUGGAUUCAGUGGAUUGAAAGCUGCAUUUGAAGAAGAAUGUCUCCAAAAAUGUGGCAAUUUUCGUAACACCCACAAUUGGGGAAUUGAAGUUGGUUAGUGAUGUACAAGUUGGUAACUGAAUAUUGGGCUAUUACGGACUCAAUGAUCAUAUAAAUCUUAUGAGAUAAAAGUGGUUUAAAUUUGCAAAGAUUUGUAAGAG